AUGUCUGGUCACGAUUGUUCUUCUCUCGAUCCGAACGAUAAAAAACACAAUCGGUCACUUUUACAAUCCUUUUCUUUAACUAAUAAUAACGAUAAGACAUCGAGAUUGUUCAAAACGCGAGAAAAUACUCGUUCCUUCCACUCACUUAUCUCAGCACAUUGCCGUCAACGUAUCAACAAAAGAAUAGGUACUCAAGUUACUUUAACAAGCGUAUAUAUCAAAGCGGUAAACAUAUCCACACCAUCUUGCUCAUGUUAUUCAAAGCCACGAGAGAAGGACAAUGAAUGUUGUCAUUUGUUUUAUCGUCUAACUUUCGAGCAGUAG